UAGGUGCCGAAAGUCGGGACAGAACCACGGGAGGGGGGGGGAAAAAACUCAGCGGAGCGUCGCCGUAACCUGAAACAGUGACGGGAGCUGAAGCGCAAAGGCGGCCUUGGCCUGUUUUGCCGCGUCCGGAACGCCGGCUGACGAACAGGGGAGGGGGGCGUCCGCUGGCGAGCGCGAGCUUGAAGACCGUCCGGCGUCUCGCGAGGCUGCAGUGAGCGGCAGCGCCAUGUUGAGCCUGAGGCGACUCCUGGCCAAGAGCAGGUCGGGAUACUGCUUGAAACACACAGCUGCAGUUGCUGUAAAGAAUGAACCAAUCCUUGAAUUUAAACCAGGAAGCUCAGAACGGCAAGCUCUACAGAAGGCUCUGAAUGAUUUGAAGGGACGAACACUUGAAAUACCAUGUGUUAUUGGUGGCGAGCGUGUCUGGACUAAAGAGAUACGAUACCAACUAUGUCCAUUUAACCAUUCACACAAGGUGGCCAAAUUCUGCUAUGCUGACAAGGAUUUAAUUAACAAAGCAAUUAAUGCAGCACUGUCUGCCCACAGAGAAUGGGAUCUCAAACCUGUCGAGGAUCGAGCUCAAAUAUUUUUUAAAGCAGCUGACCUGAUCAGUGGGCCAAAACGUGCAGAGCUAUUGGCUAGAACUAUGAUCGGCCAGGGAAAAACAGUAAUUCAAGCAGAGAUUGAUGCAGCAGCAGAACUAAUUGACUUCUUCCGAUUCAAUGCCAAAUAUGCGUUGGAACUCCAGCAUGAACAGCCAAUUAGUGAAUCGCCAAGCACAAACACAACUCUGUACAGGAGUCUAGAAGGCUUUGUAGCAGCUGUUUCUCCAUUUAACUUCACUGCAAUAGGUGGAAAUCUGGCAGGAGCUCCAGCACUUAUGGGUAAUGUGGUGGUCUGGAAACCCAGCGACACUGCUAUGGCUGCUAGUUAUAAUGUGUAUGAAAUACUUCUUGAAGCUGGACUUCCACCAAAUGUCAUUCAGUUUGUGCCAGCUGAUGGGCCACUAUUUGGAGAAACCAUUACAAAGUCUGAGCACUUGGCAGGAAUCAAUUUCACUGGCAGUGUCCCAACAUUUAAACAUCUUUGGAAGCAAGUGUCUGCAAAUCUGGAUAAGUACCGUUGUUUUCCCCGCCUAUCUGGAGAAUGUGGUGGUAAAAACUACCACUUUGUGCAUAAAUCAGCUGAUGUUAGCAGUGUUAUAAAUGGUACCAUUCGUUCUGCUUUUGAGUAUGGAGGACAGAAAUGUUCAGCGUGUUCAAGGUUGUAUGUGCCUGAUUCACUGUGGCCUGAAAUAAAAAAGAAUCUUCUGGAGGAGCAGAAGAACAUAAAAGUGGGAAAUCCAGCUGAGGACUUCACAACAUUCUUUUCAGCCGUUAUUGAUGACAAGUCUUUUGCCCGAAUAAAGAAGUGGAUUAAACAUGCACAAUCCUCCCCAAAUUUAACAAUAAUUGCAGGUGGAAAAUGUGAUGAUGAAGUUGGUUAUUUUGUGCAGCCAUCAAUUAUAGAGACAAAGGAUCCUCAAGACCCUAUAAUGAAAGAGGAAAUUUUUGGACCAAUUGUAACUGUGUAUGUUUAUCCAGAAGACAAGUACCAGGAAGUUCUUCACUUGAUUGAUACAAGCACACCUUAUGGCCUCACAGGUGCAGUCUUUGCACAAGAUAAAAGUAUUAUAGCUGAAGCAUGCCAAGUUUUGCGAUUUUCUGCUGGAAACUUCUAUAUCAAUGACAAGUCGACUGGCUCAGUUGUUGCACAGCAGCCAUUUGGAGGUGCACGCAUCUCUGGAACUAAUGACAAGGCUGGAGGACCCCACUACAUUCUCCGUUGGACUUCACCACAGUCCGUAAAGGAGACGCAUGUUCCAUUGACCGCAUGGAGAUACCCAUAUAUGGGAUAGAUUUUUAAAAAUUAUGUUGAGCUUCUCCAUUAAACUUUUCUACAGCAUGAUACCUACUGAAAAUUCUUCUUAAAACACUUCAGCUGAUAAAUCACUGUCAGAGGUUUAUUGGCAGCUGUGUAUUUGGGAGGUACUCUUCCGUCCAUUGUAAUCUCUGAGUUCUGGGUGACAGAAUUCUCAGGGCUGCUUCACAAAAGGUCAGAAAUGAUGGCAAGAGUAAAAGACUGGAAAUCAACAGCUUUAAUUGUAUGAAAUUAUCUUCAUUACCUCAGUUUGAUAGUUUAUGUUCAAAGUAUGUAAUUAGCACCAUUGAUGCAGUAAGAUUUUUAUUACAAACACUUCUCUGGUGAUACACAUAAAAGUUGCUGGUGAAUGCAGCAGGCCAGGCAGCAUCACUAGGAAGAGGUACAGUUGACAUUUCGGGCCGAGACCCUUCAGCAACUUUUAUGUGUGUUGCUUGAAAUUCCAGCAUAUGCAGAUCUCCUUGUGUUUGCGUUUUUAAUUUUUCUUCUCUGGUGAUAAUGCAAUGGUAUGACUAAUGUUUGUGUUUCAUCUACAUAAUUCUCAAAAAAAUCACUAUCUUCCAAAAUAAAUGCUUAAUAGUAAACCUGAACUUAAAUUGCACUGAAGGAGACACAACGCUUUUGCUGUGAUAUGCUGUGAAUCGCCAGGAAUGUUGACGUGGUUGUGUGAAAUAGAGAUACAGCUCUGGAAAAAAAGAUGGCAAACUGCUGAUUUUGGAACGUUGUUCAUAUUCUGCAGUGAAUUGAUUUAACCAGCAUUUUCUUUUAGAUUUGUGGUUUUGUGUGGUAAUUGAAGCAGUCCAUGGAAUUACUGAGAAGAGCAAUGUAUGGAAAUGAUAUUUGGUUUGUCUUAUCAAAAAAAAGUAUUGAUAACCUGAUUGCAGUGGAGUUAUUCUGUUACUAACUAGAGUCACAUAUUGAUUCAGAAUUUUAGUAAUAAGGAAAAUUUUCAACAAUGAAUAUGAACUUUGUUCCAUAUGUGAAAAUGCACUGGAGUUUUAGCUAAUCUGCUAAUCAGUUGUUUUUACUGAUGAAUGGAAUUAAGUGUGUGUUAAUCUCCUUUGCUUGCCUUCUUGAGUCUGAUGGUCAAUCUCAAAUCUUUUCUAAAAAUGUGAAUACAAUUAUUUCAAUAAAUAGCGCUCUAUUCUGUGUGAAAGAGGUUUUAAAAGAAAAUACUGUCAUGUUUUAUCACUGGUUGCCAUGAGUUUGCGAUAGAAUAGUCAUGAUUUUUUUUCCAAAAUUAAAUUCUUGAUAA